CGACGUAGUUAGGAUCCAACCAGAUAUAAAUUAGAAGAAUUUGCGGGGUUUUAUUGUUGUACUAGUGUGAUUUCCAAUAGACUUGGGCUCUCUGAAGAGCCAAUCUUAAGUUUUGUGCUUUUCUUAUUCAUCUCAACACUCACCCUGAAGCUUAACAAAGGCAGCAAUGGCCAAAACUUAUACCUUUGAGGAAGUCGGUACGCACAAUCACAAAGAAGAUUGCUGGAUUAUUAUCCAUGGCAAGGUGUAUGAUGUGACCUCAUUUUUGUAUGAUCAUCCAGGAGGUGGUGAUGUUUUCCUGGUGGCCCCCGAUGAGAAGGAUGCAUCCGUUGGAUUUGACGAAGUUGGGCACAGUGAAUCUGCCAUAGAAAUGUUGGAAACAUACUAUGUUGGAGAGCUUGAUACUGACACCAUUACUUCUACCACUGUUUCCGGCGGAGAAAAUCAUGCUCUGCCGCCACACGCACCCGCCGCCGCCACCAACGCCAAUCAUAGCUUUGCUGUGAAGAUCCUUGUGGCAUUGCUCAUGCUGGCGUUGGCUUUUGUUGUUCAAUACUACUAUGGCAAAGGAAACAACCCUCCCAAUGGUGAAAACUGAAGAAGUUGAGCUACCUAUGUAGUUUUAUUCUUUUCAAUAACGAAUAUCAUUGCAAUUUCAUGAUGCUGAUAGACUGCUGGAGCCAUUCUUCUUUGUUUCUAUGUUAUGCUAUGCCUUCUUGCUUAGCCUUGCUAGUUCAUUUAGAUAAAGUUAACGAUGUCUCGAGUUUUCAUUGAAUAUUUGAUAUUUUCUUCUUUUUGGGAUUGUGUGGCACUGUGGUCCAAACUGCACACUGUCAGAGACUCAGGUAUCAGAAAAUCUGCAGAUUAUGACAGGGCCUUGUUGUCUUGGGCCAUGCAAAAAUAGGAGGAGGUUCGCAGCUACGAAUAUGGUCAAUUUUGUCGGCACCAUCUUUCUGUUGGUCAGUCGUGAGGCUUAUUUUAUUGGGCUUAGACCAAAUCAGAAAUUGGGUCAGCUUUUUGA